ACAUUUGACGAAGCGCGUUUCGGAACCCUGCGGCCUUUAGGACCUUCCGGCUCGCCGUAGCGCUGUCAGCUGAAGUAUGUUGUUAAAGUGUCGCGAGUCUCGGCAGUGGAAAUAAAACUCUUCAUCUGCGUCAUGGGGAACACAAGUGACCGAGUGUCUGCUGACCGGCAAGGGUCAAAGCCACAGCGUUCAGACAGCGGAGGUGGCCAUAAAGACCUGGAGCCCAGCAAAAUGAUGAUGGACAGCACAGACGACCCCAAUAUCUUCAACACACAUGGACCAGAAUCUAAAGCUCCAGGUGACAAGGACGCCCCAGAUUUAGAGGACAUGGUCAAGACGGGUCCUCAAGCCAGACCCACCGUGAUCCGCUGGGCGGGAGGAGGGAAAGAGGUCUACAUCACGGGCUCCUUUAACAACUGGAGCACCAAGAUCCCACUCAAUAAAAGCCAUAAUGAUUUUGUAGCAGUCUUGGAUCUACUUGAGGGUGAACAUCAGUACAAAUUCUUUGUUGAUGGCCAGUGGGUUCAUGACCCCUCUGAGCCUGUGGUUACCAGUCAGAUGGGCACCAUUAAUAAUCUGAUUCAUGUGAAGAAGUCCGACUUUGAGGUGUUUGACGCGCUGCAUGUGGACUCGCUGGAGUGCUCGGAUACAUCAGAUCUGUCCAGUUCACCGCCUGGUCCGUACGCACAGAACAUGUACAUGUUUAAACCUGAGGAACGCUUCAAAGCUCCGCCCAUCCUCCCGCCUCAUCUCCUACAAGUCAUACUUAACAAGGACACCAGCAUAUCAUGUGAUCCUGCCCUGCUGCCAGAACCAAACCAUGUCAUGCUGAAUCAUCUGUAUGCGCUCUCGAUAAAGGAUGGUGUGAUGGUUCUCAGUGCCACUCACCGCUAUAAGAAGAAAUACGUCACCUCUCUUCUGUACAAACCCAUUUAAUAUGUGCAGUCAUCGUCCGUCUGAGCUGAGAUUGCACUACAAACACGUGAUGCAAACAUUGACUUUAUCAGCUUGACAUUUUAACACGUGUGUGUGCGUGUACAUGCAUGUAUGUGUGUGUGCGCGCUUGUGUGUGUGUAUGUGUUCUCAUUUCACAGUUUACCUUUUCGUCUUUAAACACCCAAGUUGAUUUUUGUCAUAGUUUCACUAUUUUGCAAGUACAGUGCAAUCUUGAGGUGUACCAUGAUGAAGCGCUUUAUACUGUAAACUGCAAUCUAUGAGGAUUCAGACUUUAUCGCUGCAGGUGCUUUGAUAAUGUGUGACGGGUUUAUAAUGUAACAGUUUAUUCUGAGCUUUUAUACUUUGUUGUCCUACUCGUUUUAAUCAGCAGGGGGGAAGAAUACACACACUUCUAUGGGUCAUUCAUUAAAAUGAAAUUUAAGUUCAGAGUGGACUGUUCUCAUCAGUUUUUCUUUCAGCCCAGUUGCUCUAUGAUGUUACGCAAAAUUCAACUACAAGAGUGUGUUGGUAUGUUUUCAAAGAACCCAUUUUCAAGAGCAUCAGGUUAUAAUGUUACAGGGCUUUCAAUGCAAGUUUUUUUUAUUUCACCCUAAGAUUGUGCAAAUAAGCACUUUAACUUGGUUUGUUAACAAGAUGAAUGAGACAAACACGUAGAUCAACAGCUUUUCAUUUCGUCAUGUUGAAUGUAUUUAGUUAGUCACAAAUAUUUCCCAUGUUAUACAACACAUCUAUAUAUUAUUCUGUAUCAAAUGUUUUGAUUAGCUGAUGUGUAUACAAAUGUUUUGAUGCUGUGAGCUGAAAUAGUGUGGCGUUGUAUUUAUUCACAAGUGUGUGUUUUAGUCCAAAUGAAUGUCGAUAUCAUAUAUCUUUUGGUGCUGUAGUUUUUUGGGGGAAAAAGAAAACCAAUGAGAUUUUUUUUCUUUUUGUGUGCUUACAUGCACUGAAGGAAUGUUUGUGCAACAUUUGUUUUGCAUUUUAGAUGAUGGGUGUUUUCAUAAAAUAAAAUAGGGCUACAUGCA